GCUGCGCUGCCCUCCGACCCUGCGCGGGCAGCCGGGGACGGGGCUGCGCCUGCCGAGCCGCAGCGGCGGUAUCGCUGUCUGGGCGCUCCCGCAACGCGGUGCUCCCGGGGACACCUCCGAGCGGUGGGAUCGGGCCGGCGGAGGCACAGGGGAUCCCGCUCCUGCCGCGCCGGGAGGAGGAGGCGGCGAGCCGGGGCAAGAGGCGCAGCCUGCGGCCGCCACCAUGCAGCUCGCCCUGCUCCUGUCCUGGUGCUGCUGCCUGCAGGGCUGCGUGCUGGGCACCGGCUUCCUCUACCAGUUCCCGGCGUCCACCUUGCAGCACAACUACCCGGAGCAGAGCUCGGGCUCGACGGGCAGCGGCUUCGCCCCUCGCCGGCAUUGGUGUCACUACACAGUCACAAGGACAGUGUCCUGCCAGGUGCAGAAUGGAUCAGAAACGGUGAUCCAGCGAGUUUACCAGAGCUGCCGGUGGCCAGGACCCUGUGCCAACCUAGUCAGUUACAGGACUCUCAUCAGGCCCACGUACAAAAUGUCCUACCGAACCGUGACCACACUGGAGUGGAGAUGCUGUCCUGGCUUCACGGGGAGCAACUGUGAGGAGGAGUGCAUGAACUGCACCAGGCUGGCGGACAUGAGCCAGAGGCUGAACACGCUGGAGGCCAAGAUCCUCCUGCUGGAGGCUGCGGAGCGGAGCCCAUCGUUGGAAAACAACCUGCCCAUCACUGGCACAACAGCCACCUGGUAUGGAGACCUGCUGCCAGAUGCCUUUCCCCUGCUGAACCCUGGCACUGUGCUCAGCAAGAGAGUGGGGUCUGCUGAAGAGUCUAAAGGACACAGAGGUGCGGAGGAGCAGCUCAUCCCGCAGGGGCUGCCAGGACAGGUUGGUCCUCCAGGCCCAGUUGGACCAACUGGUCUUCCAGGCCCACCAGGGCCAAAAGGAGAGAAGGGGCAGCCGGGUGAGAGGGGCCCAGCAGGGCCACCAGGGCUGUUGGGACCUCAAGGACCAAGAGGACUUCCAGGAGAAACUGGGAUCCCAGGGCCCCCAGGCCCUCCAGGGCCCCCAGCCACUCCGAGCCUUCCUCUGACCUUCCAGCAAGGGGUUCUCUACUCACUCCAGCCCACAGCUGAAAAAGAAAAUGGAGAACCCCAGCUGGCCUCCACCGUCAUCGACACCAUCAUGGCUGGCCUGCCAGGACCACGGGGAGCCCCAGGCCCUGUUGGGCCACCAGGGCCACCAGGUGCAUCAGGACCCAAAGGACCACCAGGACCAGUUGGAGUCCCAGGGUCACAGGGCUUGCCAGGCCCUCCAGGACAACCUGGACCGAAAGGCUCCAAAGGAGACCGAGGAGAGAGGGGGCAAGCAGGUCUGCCUGGAGAGAGGGGCAUUAAGGGAUCUCCUGGUGAACCGGGCAGGAAGGGUGAGGAAGGCGACAAAGGCGCUGAUGGGGAGGGUGUCCAGCAGCUGCGAGAAGCCCUGAAGAUCCUGGCUGAGAGGGUGUUAAUUCUCGAGCACAUGAUAGGGAUCCACGGCUCCGGACAGGAUGGCAUCCCAGGCUCCCCUCUGCGCACCAGCAUCAAGAUCAAACGUGGAGGACCUCAGCAGCCACAGGCCCACCAGAUCCUCUCUUCGCUGCUGGACGAGGGCGAAGGCAGGAGGAGGAGCAGUCGGGUGAAGUAGGAGCCUCUCCGCGCUCUCCGUGCCCGCUCGCCACAUGCAGAUACACUAUCCCAGGCUUGACUGCAGCCUGCAAAGGAACUGGGUAGGAGGCUGUGUGCCCUGGCCAACACUAUGCCCUUGCUGCAGGGAAUGUCUCUUGCAUAGCUCAGAGAGGGUCCUAUGAAUCUUUUUCUUGCUGUUGUUUUGCCUUUGACGUGCCAGGUGGCAGGCAUCCCCAGGAGCUGGCUGCACAAACCACACCUGCCUGGGGCUCCAGACUGUAAUCGUCCCCUUCUUUCCCCACUGGCCUUGAAGGUUACUCAGUUAAAGCACUGCCCCACUGGAGGAGACAACCAGUCCCAUCUGCACUCAGAGCCAAGCCUUAGCCUUGUCCCUUGGCAUCUGCUUUUAUGCCAUGUGAUGGUGUGGUGCUGCCUCCUAGGUGAAGACACUGCUUCCAUCGGCCAUUAAAGCUUCCUCACCUGCAA